CCGAAAACUGUCAAUUCAACAUUUUGUUUUGUUCUUUCGAAAUUGUUCAAAUUUUAAAUUGAAAUGGUGGAGCAACAAAAAAAGCGCUUGGAGGGCGCCAUUAGCGAAAUGAUCGAGGACAUGUACCGCACCCACUUGCGCAGAAUGCAGUCCACGAUGCACCGCUGUGCCGCCCGCUGCUGCGACGAUGAUCGAGGGACGCUGGAGAGCGUACAGAACUGCAUCGAGAAGUGCGCCGGUCCCCUGAUGGAUGCCCAGGAUUUCCUGCAGCACGAGCUGGGCCAAUUCCAGAAUAGACUUCAAAACUGCGUUAGGGAUUGCAACAGCGAUGCGCGGUCUCAGAUGCCCAGCAAUCCGAGUGACCGGGACAUGUCCCGAUCCCAGCACAUGUUUGAGAGUUGCACGAACAACUGUGUGGACAAGUACAUAAACCUGAUACCUGGUCUGCUCAAGUCGAUCAAGCAAACACUGGACAGGGGUCCGCCGAAAAGAUCACGCAACAUGGAUGUCUAACCGGGAUGCAAUUCAGGAUCUGGUGACAUUUAAAAAAGCACAUUCAAGCAGUUGUCAAUGGUUCACUUAUUUAUUGAAUAUUUUUGGUACAGCUAACACUUAAAGUACACUAAUCGCUGCUGUGAUCCGGGAUAGCCAAUGGAUUGGAAUGGGAACUUAUCAGCGCCAACGUGGCCCUUGCUCGCCAUGUUUGAUAGCUCAGCUCCCGGAUCUUCUUAGGCCCUAGCUCAUUAAAUAUCUAGUAAUAAAGAUUCUUAGUAUUAUGCAACAAUACGAGAGGCUAUAUUUUUAGGAUCUUGAUGGAUCUACUGCUCGUUCUGCUUCGUCCUCACGCCGUAUUUGCUCCAGAAGGUGACCUUGGCGGUGGUCUUCUUCAGGUUGUCCUGGAACACGGAGCACGUGUCGAAGGGUGGACAGUAUAGGUGAAGGGAGACAGAGGUAUCCGAAUGGCUGGGGUUCUCCACGCGAUGCAGACCCAGAUUGUCUAUGGAUAACAAAACGAAAAAAAAAAAAACAGCCACAUCAUUGACGGCGAUUGGUGUCUCCCCAAUCUCCACCAGCUCUCGGCUAUCGAUCUCGCCAUCGGGAUGAUGGGACCGGCCGUUGUCCCUGGCAGAUCUAUUGGGAUACUCGUAGCGCUUCUCGCGCAGAUCACCCUUCAGCAUCUUCAUGAAGCAAUGGGAAUCGGCAUGGUCGUGCACCGAGGAGCCGUGUCCUUCGCCCCAGCACAGAAUCAGCAGAUUGAACUUUCCAUUGCCAGCAUCCACGAGAUUCCGCGUGUAGGUGUAACGAUCGAACUUGGCAUAUUUGCGCCACUCCCGCGGAUUGGACUUGUAGCUGAGCAUAAGGUGAUUCACCAUCUCGAUGUUAACAUAGUUCGACUCGAAUUCCCGGUGAAGGGCGGCCACCAAGUCCGAUAGGGAAUUCACCUCCGGUCCGUAUUUCAGGGGUUUCUCCAGCGGCUGAUAGUAGCUAGUGGCCUGACGCAGGUACUUCUCCUGGUCAACCUGCUCGAUCUCGGUGUCGAUCUUGGACAGGGCCAUUUUGGGCUUGCUCUGAUUGACCUAGGUUGCGAAAAGGGAAGCGGAAGUUAGAGUGGUGGUGCAUCAGUUGAGGCUGAAGGGCGUGGAAAACUACCUAUAAAGUCUAUAAAGAUCACUGCUCAAUUGAUUUAGAUGAAUUACGUUGUAAAGUCGAUGAUCGCUGAUAAUAGCUAUUGGUAUAUAUAUAUAUGAAUAUUCCGAUUCGUUGCUGUUACAAUUGAUUGAAUUGCUUCGACUAACCGCACACGCUCCACCUCGGAUCGCAAAAUUCGAACUGAAUUCUGGAGAUUUCGCUCUCCUGUCCAGGCUGCAUAAUCAGCUCGGAUCCGACGUAAAUCGGAGGCGCAAGUCCAAAACAAUAACAAAAACAAGAAGUCGCCGGCGAUAACCGUCCAUCCAACUUAUCAAUAGCAGAUUUUACCAAUACCCUCGGCUAUAUAAUACACGUAUUUCUCAGUAGAUGAUGAUAGAUCGAAUGUUGCCAGGAGGGGCUCAACAGAUGUGCCUGAAUUUGAGACAAGAGGUUAACGGCGAUCUAAUGGGAUCGUUUGGCAAAUAAAAAACAAAUUUAUUCCACAAU